AAAACUUGCGCAACAGGCAAUGAAAUGAUUAUAUUAAAGUUCACACAACAUAACUACAUUAUCACUAAUAUUUAAUUUAAUAAUCCCGUUAAUUAAAGUAAUUAGAAGAAAUUAGAGGAAUAUCGCGAUCAUGGUGCUAUGGGAGAUUGCACUCGGAACUGCGUAUUUUUUGGGUCUCAAACGAACUUACAGGCACGCUAUAAGGAUUCAACGUAGGAUCAUAAACCCUAACCACUCUCAGAUCCGCCAAUUUCUUCACAGAAGAACUCGUUCUGUAUUUGAUGUAGCAAUCAAAGUUCAUCAGAAUAUUCAAGUAAGGGACAUACAAGUUGGCCGGAAUCUCGGAAACUUCAUUUUGCGAUGGUUUGAUCGAAUGAAACCGUCAGCUCAGAUUCAUGGUGGAUCAGCCACAAAUGGUGCUAGCUCAAUUAUAAGAACGACAAAGCUUCAAGCUAAGUCUUUCAACCUCAGAAGACCUAGUUACUACAGGUUAUUCAAGAGGGGAUCAAAUAAGCGCUUAUUUACCCCAUCAUCAAGUAUAUGGCCAAAACCUUUCCCCACCAUUGCAAGUAUGUUGCGACCACCAAAUCCUGCUGGGACAUCCACCCACUAUCGGAACCUCAGUAUCUAUCCUCAUGAUGGUUUUAGAACAAACUGUAAUGCUUACCGAUCGGAAGGCGUUAUUAGGAAGGACAUCAUGCAAUGGAUGCUGCAAAACUAAGGACCAAUACAUUUUCCUCAGAGAGAAGCCGUGGCUCCUGAAGCUCUUCAUAUUAUCUUUUCCUAUCCAAAGAAUUCAUUUUUUUUUGUUUGUUUGUUUUAGUUUCUUUGGACUUCAUAUAAUCUGUUGAGCUUCCUUGUGGAGAAUGAACUGUGGAAUAUUUGUCUGUAGUUUUUGGUUUAAAGAACUAACAGAUAACAAUCAUGUUGUUUAAUAAUAAUGAGGAUUUUGUUAUUUCUGUUUUUGUUUCUCUCAGAAAA